GGCCUGCGCGCGCCGCUGCGCGCUCUGCGCGUCUCGCGCCGCUGCGCACCUAUAGGCUGCGCGCGGACACAUGGAGCUGACGCAUCAGCAGCGGCCCAUUUGGACUUUUUCUCCAUCCCAUGAAGACGGAUACUUGACUGCCUGCUGCCCAGUCUGACCCCGUGUCGCUGAUGGACAUCUACGCGUCCACGUUGUCUCCAGCGGUGGACGUCGGCGCAGGCUGCUACCUGCUGUUUGUGGCUGUUUUCUCCAUCGUGGGAAACCUGCUGGUCCUCGUCAUGGCGGUCAAAAGGUCGUCGAGGAUGAAGCCGCCGGAGCUGCUGAGCGUGAACCUGGCGGUGACGGACCUGGGGGCGGCCGUCACCAUGUACCCGCUGGCCGUCGCCUCCGCCUGGAGGCACCGCUGGCUCGGGGGGGACGCCACCUGCGUCUAUUACGCCGUGGCGGGCUUCUUCUUCGGCCUCGCCAGCAUCAUGAGCCUGACCGGCUUGGCCAUUGUGCGCUUCAUCGUGUCCCUCAAUCUGCAGUCCCCCAACGAGAAGAUCAGCUGGAGGAAGGUGAAGCUGCUGUGCGCGUGCACCUGGCUGUACGCGCUGGCCUGGGCCGCGUUCCCCUUCUUGGGUUGGGGCCGCUACGGCCCGGAGCCCUACGGCCUGUCCUGCUCGCUCGCCUGGGGGCAGAUGAAACACGAGGGCUUCUCCUUCGUGGUCUCCAUGUUCUCCCUCAACCUCGUCCUGCCUUGCGUCAUCAUCGCGGGCUGCUACUUCGGCAUCGCCUUCAAGCUUUACUUCACCUACAGGAAGUCAAACAACAACAGCAACCGCCUGCCCAACGUCGUCCGGCGCCAUCGCAGGCUGUUGGCGAUCGCCGUGCUCAUAAGCUUAGGCUUCGUGGUCUGCUGGUCGCCGUACGCCGUCGUGAGCCUGUGGUCCAUUUUCCACGACAGCGGCAGCAUCCCGCCCGAAGUCAGUCUCCUGCCGUGCAUGUUCGCAAAGAGCUCCACCGUGUACAAUCCGCUGAUCUACUACAUCUUCAGCCAGAGCUUCAGGAGGGAGGUGAAGCAGCUGUGGCGGCACCUGGGCUCCACCCUGUGCAGCGUCUCCAACAGCGUCAACGACGCCGCCGUCAGCAACACCGGUAAAUCCAACGGGCCAGCGAUGUCCGCUCUGCAGGAGAUCACGGUGUGCAGGAUCUCCGACUGAGAGACUUUAUUUCACAAAUGUUGCAGGUUCUGUAUUUUGUCCGGUUCUAAAAGGUGUGUUCUACUACUCUACUCAAACAAGCGGGUUGAUUCUGGCCUCGUAUGUGUGCAUGAAUGGGAGGACAUGUUUGCACAACGCAGGGAAAGAUCCACCAAUUAGGCUAAAUAUUAACUGUGCUUCUAAGUGGCUGAAAGCCCCCUGACCCUCGAAUAAAAGGCCGCAGAGUAACAGCGAGGUCUGAAUGAAGCGAAAGGAGUUGAAAGAAUCGUUUUUUUCAGACAAAACAAGCCAAAGGUUCAACGGCAGAAUACGACAACAAGAGGUGUUUACUUUAAAUCUGCGGGGUCGAUCGGUGACACGAAAACAGGAAUUAAAAAAUCUCUUUCAGAACAUUAACCGAUUUUCAAGUCUGCCUCAGAGAAUGUUUACAGAAAUAACAGAUAUUGACCGUGUUUACCCCGUUUAAUCAAUGUGUUGGUUUCUCCUGCUGUGUUUGUUGGAUAAGGAAUGUGAAUUUGUUUUGUUGCAACCAAAUUUGGUCCAAAACCAUAAAAUUGUAUUUAUAUCCUAAAUUGUCACGUAGAGCCACCGGACUGCAGGACGUCACCCAAAAGCUCUUAUGGCUUCUUUUGUACAAAUGUAUUUGGGGAAUUGUUCAUUCGGUGUCCCAUUCAGGACGGCCGACCAUAUUAACACUGCUUUCUUAGCUCGAGCUCCAAAAACGGGUUUUAAAGGUUUAGUUUUUGUGUAGAAAAAACAAACAAGGUAACGCACACAUGCUAUAGCUAUAUGUUCUUCUAAUUUUCUUUUGUUAAAGUAACUAAUGGAGACAACGACUUGAAAUGAAAUUGAUCCUUUAGAUUUCAGGAGACUCCUCAUAGCGUUUUCCGGGUCUUUGUGCUAAGCUAAGCUUAGCGAAGGAGCUGUGACUCUGUGUUAAUCACACAACAAUAAAUCAUUUCAGUCCCUCUCCCCAAAGCUCUGAACAUAGUAUUUGAUUUUCGAGUUCAGCUGCAGAGUUCACGUGUGACUGUUUCAAAUAGCGUUUUCGGGUCCCUCCGGCCUCCCGGGGGCUUUCUUCACAUCUCGCGCUCCUCAGAAGAACAUCGGGUUUGAUUCAAGUGGACGAGACGUCGUGCUGCCGCUCAGGAUGACAGGACGUCUCCCAAUGAGAGUCUAAAGGCACUAAACGCUACCUCGAGCCACGAUGGCGCAGGUCCCGCUCGUUGGUACAUUUAGUCUUCUGCAAAUGCAAAACACUCGGAACGGUGAAAACAAACGAUCAUUUAGGAGUCAGUGUGUGGCCGAUUGUAUCGCGUCAACAAAUUCCUAAUAAAGUACUGAAGUCACUGCUGCAGAACAAGAGCAACUCAUUUAAAGGGUUUCUGGGGAGAUAAUCAUUUCACCUCACCGUGCCCCCCCGUGAGACCUGUUCCCGUCUUGCUUUACUCAGGGAAUGUUUACGUCUCCUGAACUCACCUCCUUUCAAUGAGCUCAGCUGACUAAACGUUUCGCAGCGUAGCUUCCUUUUGGUUUCGUGUGACUUCGAGUCCAGUCACGUCAAAUAAUUGUGAAUGUAGAGCUUGUGAACCUUGGGCACAUCUGCGUGUGCGAUCCAUCGGACACGUUUGGGAAUAAACGCUGACUGAAUACAA